CAGGAAAGACUUGGCGUAGUAGCGUAUCACUUUGGAUGAUUCCCCAAUUUUUUAUGUUUCUUUUAAUGUUCUCUGCUUCAGUGCUGUAUUUUGUAACAACAUACUCUCUCUCUGAUGUAUCACAAGGCUCUCCCCUUCGCAACAAGUUCUCUCUGUCAAGUAAUCUAGCCCUUAUACCGGCAUCUUUCAGGACCUGAAUGCUGUAGCCCUGAUUCAAGAAGCGAUUCUCCAAUUCAGCAGAUUUGACACUGUAGUCUUUUUCCUGAUUCUGCGGACUCUUUGGAAUUGGCCAUAUGGAAUAUUCUCUUUUAGCCUUUUGGGGUGAAAGCUGUCUGCCCUCAGAAUGGUAUGCCCAUCUGUAGGCUUCCUAAAAAUUGAUGUGUGCAAACAACCUUUGUCAUUUUUACUAAUGUCGAGGUCCAAAAAAUGAAUGUUAUCCUUGCUGUACUCCACAGUUUCUGAUACUUGUAGCUUGGAGUUUAUAACUUAGCUACAGUAUUUCACCUUUUAAUGUGUAUAGUAUUGCUUACUAGGUGUUGUCCAAUCAAUGUUGUAACCACUCCCUCUUCCAAUUAGGGCUAAUUGGAAAAGCUGUUCAAAAGUGGACAUUCUAUUCCUUUUUUGUACUCCCCGACGAAGGCCAUGCUGCCCAAACGCUUCGGUUUUUAAAAAACGGUGUUUCUAUUGAACAUGUCAUACUAAUAAAGGCAUUUUAAUUAAUUAUAUGAAGAGUGCCUUCGUCCUCCUUUCUUUUUGAUGACCAAUUUACCCCUUUUACCAAAGAGCACCUUCUAUCUACCAAAAUGUACUAUUGUGUACCUUAGUAGCGCUUCCCUUCCUCCUCUUUCUACUAAUGAAAAACAGCCCCAGACAAUUAUUGCUCCUCCACCAAAAUUUACAGUUGGCACUAUGCAUUGGGGCAGGUAGCGUUCUCCUGGCAUCCGCCAAACCCAGAUUUGUCCGUCAGACUGCCAGAUGGUGAAGCGUGAUUCAUCACUUCAGAGAACUCGUUUCCGCUGCUCCAGAUUCCAAUGGCGGUGAGCUUUACACCACUCCAGCCGAUGCAUGGCAUUGCACAUGGUGAUCUUAGGCUUGUGUGCGGAUGCUCACGAACUGACUUGUUGGAAAAGUGGCAUCCUAUGACGGUGCCACGUGCAGAGGAAGACAUUGUCUCAAUGGCGGACUCCACCAUCACAAUAGAUCACAUUGAAGGGGAGCUUUUCAGAAUCGAGCGGAUACGUGAUGUUCUAGUACGGAGGGAAUCAGAACUAAGAUACAUGAUGGACGACAUUCAGCUUUGCAAGGAAAUCACACGGCUGAAAAAAGACCUUCAGAAGCUGGUGUCUGUUUCAGACACAGACAAAUCCAACGAGGACCGGCAGAGGGAGGAGGAGUUGCUGCAGCAGAUCCACAAGCUGGUGGAGACCAGGGACUUCCUGGUGGAUGACGUGGAGUUUGAGAGGCUCAGGGAGAGAGAGGAGGACAAAGAAAUGGCUGAUUUCUUGCAGUCUAAAUUUCCCAAGACCUUGAAGAAAAAAGACAUCACAGAGGACCGAAGGAUGACCUCCAAAGCCCAGCAAACUUCGUCCACUCCCUUCGUCACCAAAACCGGUCUCACCCUUCUGAAGGAGUGCUGCGGCUUCACAUGCUCUGUCAUGUAGACUCCCUGCCCUGUGGAGAGACUGAGACACGUUGUUGAUUUCGGGAUGGGGUCAUUUGUAUUGAGUGGGCAGACAGAGCUCUCAUACUUUGACUAUAACCCUAAACAUAUGUACAGUGACUGUUGGAACUGUGUUCCCGUCAAUUAAUCUAUUGCUGGGUCAUUGCACCAAUUUAGUGCAUUUUGAGAAGUGUAACUUGGUAUAAAAAAACAACAACUUUAGAUUUCAAUUUUUUUUGCAUUCUGUCAUAAAGAGCACAUGUACAACUUCAUAUUGAAACGAGAGUUCAGUUCACGUAACAGGGUUGACCUUAAAAUGAGGGACAGAUGUAAAUUAAUCACUAAUAAAUAACAAUCUUCAGAAAUGACUUUGUCAAAGCAACAAAAUAACUAGGGCUUUACAAUGAUGGUGAAUUUUGGGGGUUGUGUUUUUUUAGUCUUUUUAAUUGAACCCUUUAUUUAACUAGGCAAGUCAGUUAAGAACAAAAUCUUAUUUACAAUGAUGGCCUAUACUAGUGAAUUAACUGCCUUGUUCAGGGGCAGAAUGACAGCUUUUUACCUUGUCAACUCUGGGAUUCGAUCUAGCAACCUUUCGGUUACUGGCCCAGCCACAAGGCUACCUGCCGCCCCAUGAAAAUCUUCAAAUAAGUCACAGAUUGUGCACGGAGGGACAUGUCAAAGUGCUGAUUUUUUUGCACUUUUCUAAGUCUUUAUUUAUAUAAAAAAUCAUAAUUUUAGAAUUUUGAUAAAACAGGCUUUUAAAAUUCAACAUUGGUGAACAAUUUCUACUUAUAAUAUCAAAGGGAUGCAAAAGGCACUCUUUUCAUGGAAUGACCUUGCUGAUCAUUUCCUGAUAAAGGCCAACUUGACUCAGCCAAGUCCAUAAAUCAACACAUAUCUUCUUCAUCACCAUGGUCAAAAAAAGUAUGCCAAUUUAAAAACCCUUUUUUUCUCCCCAAUUUCGUGGUAUCCAAUUGUUUUAGUAGCUACUAUCUUGUCUCAUCGCUACAACUCCCGUAUGGGCUCGGGAGAGACGAAGGUUGAAAGUCAUGCGUCCUCCGAUACACAACCCAACCACUGCUUCUUAACACAGCGCCAUCCAACCCGGAAGGCAGCCGCACCAAUGUGUCGGAGGAAACACCGUGCAACCUUGGUUAGCGCGCACUGCGCCCGGCCCGCCACAGGAGUCGCUGGUGUGCGAUGAGACAAGGAUAUCCCCACCGGCCAAACCCUCCCUAACCCAGGCGACACUAGGCCAAUUGUGCGUCGCCCCACGGACCUCCAGGUCACGGCCGGUUAAGACAGAGCCUGGGCGCGAACCCAGAGUCUCUGGUGGCACAGCUGGCGCUGCAAUACAGCAUCGUUAACCACUGCGCCACCUUUGGACAGAGUGAAAAUGACAACAGAACGUUUCCAUUCUGAUACAUUAUUUUUAUCUGUAGUCAUUUUCAGGAGCUGACCCACAUUUUCUAUCUGGCCACCCUUGGAUGGUUGGUGUAUAUUUGCGGAUCUACAAAUGAUGAAAAAGCUGUCUAAAACCUGUAGUGUGAUUUGAAACAGUGAGUAACAACGUUUAAAAGCUCUACAGCGGGAGAGUCAUUGAGUAUCAGUUUAAUAGCAAUUAUCUUAUUCAAAUGGACCCUGUCCAAUUAAAGUCAUUAGACAGUUAUGUGUUGCUAUGACUACAAUUAUCAUUUAAUGCAUUAGAGCUUGACACUUCAUUCCCACGGGCAUUGUCUACACAGCUAUGACUAGCAAACCUCACUCUGUCUCUUGGUGACAUUUUACAUAGUCACGGCUAACUAUGACACUGCUUAACCUUGCUAAAGGCCACUGCUUGCUUGGCUUCCAUGGUAUCUCCCCUCUGGACUAGCUGCUUUACUGUGGUACCUACCCUGUCAUUAGCUGUGUCUGAUUCCUGGGGAAGUCACCGGAAUUACAUUCAGCUCUCUGCUUUCACAAUUGUAAUAUUGUUUCAAUUUCAGUUUCAAAUGCUAUGUUUAGCUUUUUUUGUUCCCCAUUUACCUUCUAUUAUGCUGAUUGGUCUGAUGGGAAUUGCUGUUGCCAAUUUGCAAUACUUGUAAUUCUUUGUGACAGAGGUAAAUGUGUGAAACCAUGUACUGUGAACGUGGCUUUGACAAAUAUCUCAAGAGUAUCAAGGACAACUUUCCAAGCAUAAUGGAACUCAGAAUUUCUCCCCUUUGAAUUAGAUAAUAUGCCUUGAAAUACACUGUCUGCUGCUUAUUCUAUUACAAAACACUCUUUAACCUGACAUCUAUCAAUGUGCGCAGUCUGCUCAAUGUAACAGCUCAUUCACAAUGCUCUGUAUGUUUAUUUUUAAUUCUCUACAAUGGUUUAAUCCAAACUGACAUGGGAGUUGAUUGUGAUUAGGCUACUUGUUAUUAUGUUUUGUGGCUUAGAAUGUCAGAACUUCUGGUUGUACAUAUUGUAUCGGUUUAGCGUGCUUGUCUAAUUAAAGACUUGUAAUGUA